AUGAAGUUUGAGGUUGUGUGGAAAUCAUCACACUACCACUCUGAUGGUCGUCGCCGGAGCAGGCCUAAAGCUUCAACCUUCCACGGAUGGCUAGUCAAAUGGCGCGCCACAUUCAGUGGAAAUGAGCACCUUCGACGAGAAGGCAUGCGCGAAAUGCGUGAAGCUAAAGCCAUGCGGGAAUAUAAGCGACGGCAGAAGGCUGCUAAGAAUGGUCGGGCGAAGCCGGGACUAUUCUCAAGAUUCAGAUUUGGGAACAGAAAGCCAAGACGGGCUCUCAGACCCGACACGCUGGCUCGAGACUCGCGCAGUUCUCGCAAGAGCAACAACAGCCGACAAGCGAGGACUCCAAUCAGCCGACGACCUACAAGACAAAGUUCACGACAACCAUCAUAUAACUCUAAACGAGAUGUCGCACGAACGAGGUCUUCCCAAAAAUGA